AUGACUGUCACCAACGGCAAGGGAAACUCCACAUUCCUAUUUACAUCUGCGAGUCUCCAUAUCCUUAUUGUGCAAUACGACCAAGUCUCCGAUGCCAUCCUCGAUGCCUGCCUCAAGGAGGACCCCCUCUCCAAGGUCGCUUGCGAGACCGCCGCUAAGACCGGUAUGAUCAUGGUCUUCGGUGAAAUCACCACCAAGGCCCACCUCGACUACCAGAAGAUCAUCCGCGGUGCCAUCAAGGACAUUGGCUACGACAGCUCCGACAAGGGCUUCGACUACAAGACAUGCAACGUCCUCGUUGCUAUCGAGCAGCAGUCGCCCGACAUUGCUCAAGGUCUCCACUACGAGGAGGCUCUCGAGAAGCUCGGUGCUGGAGACCAGGGUAUCAUGUUCGGAUAUGCCACCGACGAGACCCCCGAGCUCCUUCCUCUUACCGUCCUCCUCUCCCACAAGCUGAACUCGGCUAUGACCGCUGCCCGCAAGGACGGCUCUCUGCCAUGGCUCCGACCCGACACCAAGACUCAGGUCACCGUUGAGUACGCCCACGAUGGCGGUGCCGUCGUUCCUCUCCGCGUUGACACCGUCGUCGUGUCUGCCCAGCACAGCGAGGACAUUACCACUGAGAAGCUCCGUGAGGAGAUCAAGGAGAAGAUCAUCAAGAAGGUCAUCCCCGAGAAGAUGCUCGAUGACAAGACCGUCUACCACAUCCAACCAUCCGGUCUCUUCAUCAUCGGCGGUCCCCAGGGUGACGCCGGUCUUACCGGACGUAAGAUCAUCGUCGACACCUACGGUGGCUGGGGUGCCCACGGAGGUGGUGCUUUCUCCGGAAAGGACUACUCCAAGGUCGACCGUUCCGCCGCCUACCUUGCGCGCUGGAUCGCCAAGUCCCUCGUCCAGGCUAAGCUCGCUCGCCGCGCACUCGUGCAGCUGUCCUACGCCAUCGGUGUCGCCGAGCCCCUCUCUCUCUUCGUCGAGACCUACGGUACCUCGGAGCGCUCCUCUGACGAGCUCGUCGAGAUUGUCAAGAACAACUUCGACCUCCGCCCCGGUGUCAUCGUCAAGGAGCUCAACCUCAUCAACCCCAUCUACUUCCAGACCGCCAAGAACGGUCACUUCACCAACCAGGACUUCACAUGGGAGAAGCCCAAGGAGCUCAAGUUCUAA